AUGAUCCGUACCGGCGGUGCGCUGCCCCUGGCCAUGCGGCCCCGCCGCCGUCCCCGCAUCGCGAUUCCGCUUUCCCGGCAAGGCGUUCGCCCCUAUAUCAGCGCCAUGACCAAGACCCCGCGUUCCCACAUCCGCAAUUUCUCCAUCGUCGCCCAUAUCGACCAUGGCAAAUCGACGCUCGCCGACCGGCUGAUCCAGAUGACCGGCUCGCUGGAAGAGCGCGAGAUGAAGGACCAGGUGCUCGAUGCGAUGGACAUCGAGCGCGAGCGCGGCAUCACCAUCAAGGCCAACACCGUCCGGCUCGAAUAUGAUGCGCGCGACGGCGAGCACUAUGUGCUCAACCUGAUCGACACGCCCGGCCAUGUGGAUUUCGCUUACGAGGUCUCGCGGUCGCUGGCGGCCUGCGAGGGCUCGCUUCUGGUGGUCGACGCCAGCCAGGGCGUCGAGGCGCAGACGCUCGCCAACGUCUAUCAGGCGAUCGACAACGACCAUGAGAUCGUCACCGUCCUCAACAAGGUCGACCUGCCCGCCGCCGACAUCGACCGUGUCAAGGCGCAGGUCGAGGAGGUGAUCGGGCUCGAUGCGUCCGACGCCGUCGAGAUCUCCGCCAAGACCGGGCAGGGCGUUGAAGAGGUGCUUGAAGCGAUCGUCACCCGCCUGCCCGCGCCGCCCGAAGGCGAGGGCGCCGAGCCGCUCAAGGCGCUUCUGGUCGACUCAUGGUACGACGCCUAUCUGGGCGUCGUCGUCCUCGUGCGCAUCAUCGACGGCCGGAUGAAACGCGGCCAGACGAUCCGCAUGAUCGGCACGGACGCCAGGUAUCAGGUCGACCGCGUCGGCGUCCUGACGCCCAAGCUCGUCACCGUGCCCGAGCUCGGCCCCGGCGAGAUCGGUGUCUUCACGGCGUCGAUCAAGGAAGUCGCCGACACCCGCGUCGGCGACACGAUCACCGAGGACAAGCGCCCCACCGCCGUGGCGCUGCCCGGGUUCAAGCCGGCCCAGCCGGUCGUCUUCUGCGGCCUGUUUCCGGUCGAUGCCGCCGACUUCGAGGAUCUGCGCGCCGCCAUCGGCAAGCUGCGCCUCAACGAUGCGAGCUUUUCCUACGAGAUGGAGACCAGUGCCGCGCUCGGCUUCGGCUUCCGCUGCGGCUUUUUGGGCCUUCUGCAUCUCGAGAUCAUCCAGGAGCGGCUGGCGCGCGAAUUCGAUCUCGACCUGAUCGCCACCGCGCCGUCGGUCGUCUACCGCAUGACGCUGACCGACGGCACGGUCACCGAACUGCACAACCCCGCCGACAUGCCCGACGUGGUCAAGAUCGCGACCAUCGAGGAGCCGUGGAUCAAGGCGACCAUCAUGACGCCGGACGAUUAUCUGGGCGCCAUAUUGCAGCUCUGUCAGGAGCGGCGCGGCAUCCAGACCGACCUUGCCUAUGUCGGCAGCCGCGCCAUGGUCACCUAUGAGCUGCCGUUGAACGAAGUCGUGUUCGAUUUCUACGACCGGCUCAAAUCGAUCUCCAAGGGUUAUGCUUCGUUCGACUACCAGAUCGACGGCUAUCGCGAGGGCGAUCUGGUGCGCAUGUCGAUCCUCGUCAACGAGGAGCCGGUCGACGCGCUGUCCAUGCUGGUGCACCGCUCGGCGGCCGAAAAGCGCGGCCGCGUCAUGUGCGAAAAGCUCAAGGACCUGAUCCCGCGCCACAUGUUCAAGAUCCCCAUCCAGGCGGCGAUCGGCGGCAAGGUGAUCGCACGCGAGACCAUCUCGGCGAUGCGCAAGGACGUGACCGCCAAAUGCUAUGGCGGCGACGUGACGCGCAAGCGCAAGCUGCUGGAAAAGCAGAAGGAGGGGAAGAAGAAGAUGCGCCAGUUCGGCCGCGUCGAAAUCCCCCAGGAAGCGUUCAUCCAGGUGCUGAAGGUGGAUGGGUAG